UGGAAGGUACGACACUGUCGCCUGUAAUAAAGUGCCACUCUGGGCCCCCGCUACGCUCCGCCACUGGAUGAGAUACGUCAAAAGUACACGAGCGAUUUGUUUCAUUAAAAUAAUUUGGACAUUAUUUACGUCUGCAAUGAAUAUUUCUACAUUUGCUAUUUUUAUUCCAAUGAUCACGUGACCAGCACCGAAACGGAAAAUCGACCCAACCUCUUGAAUGCGUCCAAAACUGUCCACGAUCACGUGUACUCUAUUGCUGUUCUAUUCUAUUAUAAAUCACAUUAUAACAUAACCUAACAUUAUAUUUCACGUUUUCCAUCCUCAUCAUAAAUAAAACACCUUAUUUAUGCAUCUUUAUUAUUUGUAAAGAUGGGUAAAAAAACGAAGAUUGGUAAAAAUCGCAAAGAUAAAUUUUAUCACUUGGCGAAGGAAACAGGAUUUCGAUCUCGUGCUGCCUUUAAAUUAAUUCAAUUGAACAGGAAAUUUGGUUUUUUACAAAAAUCCAGAGUAUGCGUCGAUUUGUGUGCGGCACCCGGAGGAUGGAUGCAAGUGGCGCAGCAAAACAUGCCAGUUUCGAGUAUAAUUAUCGGCGUGGACUUGUACCCGAUUAAACCCGUUCCUGGUUGCAUAAGUCUCAUUGAGGACAUAACGACGGAAAAAUGUAGACUGAAUUUAGCAAAAGAAUUACAAAAUUGGAAGGCAGAUAUUGUUCUAAACGAUGGUUCUCCAAACUUGGGCAAAAAUUGGUUACACGACGCUUACCAACAGUCUUGUCUCACUUUAAGUGCGGUCAAAUUGGCGACACAAUUUCUGCGGCCUGGAGGAUGGUUCGUCACCAAAUUGUUUAGAUCGAAAGAUUACAAUUCGAUAAUGUGGGUUUUUAAGCAGUUAUUUAAGAGGGUCCGAGCGACAAAACCACAAGCGUCACGUCUAGAGUCGGCCGAAAUAUUCGUCGUAUGCGAAUAUUAUCUCGCUCCCGAUAAAAUUGAUUCUCGUUUCUUUGAUAUUAAACAUGUCUUUGAGGAACUCGAAAAUGAAACUAAACGGGAAUUGAACGUUUUCCAUCCGGAAAAAAAGAAAAAGGUGCGUGCCGAGGGAUAUCCUGCAAAUGACUAUACCCUGUACCACAAAGUGUCUGUUCGAGAUUUUAUCUUAAAUCCAAACGGGUUAGAAGUGUUGCAAACUAUGACUGAGAUCGUCGUAGAUGACAAAGAGAUUGCAAACCAUGAGAAAACUACAAAUGAGAUCGUCGAGUGCUGCAAAGAUAUUAAAGUACUAGGACGUAAAGACUUGAAACGUUUGUUGACUUGGUGGAAAGAACUUCACGAGGAGUUUACUAAAGUAAAAAAUGAGGAUGAAGUAAAACCUUUAAUAAAAGACGAAUCGCAUGAAGUUGACGAACUGGACGAAAUUGAUAGACAGCUCGCAGACAUACAGUGUGAAGAACGGAAAGAACUCAAACGUAAAAGAAAGAAGGUUUUGAAAGAACGUCAAAAAUUAAAUGAACGUUUAAAUUUAAAAAUGGUCCAUAAAGGCGAUGACGGGCCAGUUUUAGAAGGGGACGAUACCUUUUCGUUAAAGCAAAUAACAAGCGAUCAACAAAUGUCGACCAUUGUUGAUCAAAAUCCUGAUAUUAUCAUUGAGGCAGAUCAGGAAGUUGAUAAACCCUUAAAGAGAUAUACAAAAUAUACAAAGGAUCAGGGUCACCUUUCCAGUAAAACAUUUAAUUAUACAGAGUCCGAGUCUGAAUUAGAGAUGGAGUCGGACGAGGAAUACGAAGACGAUAACAACGUAGAUGGAUUAGGUUUAGAGCAGUCGGAUGAGGACGAUCAAUCUAAUGACGAAAUUGAAGAUGAUGAAGCGCAUCCACUAAUAACCGACUUAGAUGAAAAUACAAAAGAAGUAAAACGCGCACAGAAAGCUCAAUUGUGGUUUAAAAGAGAUGUGUUUAAAGAUCUUAUUAACGACGAAGAGGAAGAUGCCGAUUUGGAUCUGAUGGUUAAAAGAUUUAAAAAGGAAGGGGUAGCAGUUGUAGGUGAAACUGAUGAAGACCACACAAAGAAAAAUAUUAAAGUAGAUACUGCAUAUGACAGUGAUGAUACUUCCGAUAGUUCCAGUGACUACGAUGUCGAAAAAGAAAUGGAGCAAAGUGAGAAGAAAAAUGUGCAUAAUGGUACUUCGCAUUCAGUGAAGCAAAAAUUAUCUGAAGAGGAGCUAGCCCUUGGUACAAUGAUGAUUAAUAGUGCAAAAACCAAAAGGGAUCUUACUGAUGCCGCAUGGAAUCGCUAUACCUUUAAUGAUAAAAAUUUACCCGACUGGUUUGUGGAAGAUGAAAAACGACACAUGCAGAGACCCUUGCCAGUACCUAAGGAGUUGGUAGACGAAUACAAGAAUAAGUUGCAAGAAAUCAAUACUAGGCCAAUUAAGAAGGUUAUUGAAGCAAAGGCUCGAAAGAAGAAGCGUGCGCUUAAAAAAAUGGAAAGGGCUAAGAAGAAAAUGGAAGUUCUCAUGGAAAACGCAGACAUUGGUGACAAAGAGAAAGCGAGACAAUUGGCUCAGUUAUAUAAAAAGGCGAAGAGUACACCAAAGAAGGAAGUAAAAUACGUAGUUUCGAAGAAAUACAUGGCCGCAAAGAAACCAAGAAGACCUGCCGGUAUUAAAGGUCCCUACAAAAUUGUCGACCCUCGUAUGAAGAAAGACACAAGGGGUAUAAUGCGAAAGAAAAGCAAAGAAAAAAAAGGACCUAAAGGAAAGGGAAACAAACCGAGAGGGAAAGGUAAAUAAAAAUUAAUUAUUCUGACUGUAAUGCAAAAAAUAAAUUUAUUAUUUUUGGUUA